AUGGAAUCUCAACAAGCAUCAGGGACGGUCUCGAAGCCGUCUCCCACCAGCCAAAAGACCUUCUACAAGACACCGUCUCACUUCGAGCAAAUAAUCGGCUACUAUCGAGGCGUCCGCCAUGGCCAACGCAUCUUCAUCUCAGGCACCACGGCCGUCAAUCCCAACAAGGCCUCAUCUGCUGCCGAGCCGCCACAAGUUCUUUUCCCCGGAGACGCAAAGAAACAGACCAUCGCUGCCUUUGAAGAAUGUCUACGUGCUGUCACCAGCCUGGGAGGUAACGGGGUGCAGAGUGUAGUGAGAGUACGCAUGUUUGUUGGAAGACAUGAAGACUGUGGUGCAGUUGGCGAAGCAUUCACAGAGAUAUUCGGAGACCAGAAGAGCAAUGCGAACAAUACCAACGCUGAGAUUGGGACUGCGGCGACGAUGUUGGUGGUUCAGAACGGUUUCAUCAAUCGUGAUAUGAUGGUUGAAGUAGAGGUCGAUGCCAUGGCGGCUGAAUAA